CUCCGCAGACCCCAGUGCCGCCCGCCCUCAGCGCAGCACCGCGAGUUCUGCACACCGCGAAAACAGCCACGGAGAAGGAAACCGACUCGUCCCAUUGGCUUCUGUAUUUAAUUUAUUUUUUGGCCGAGAAGCGAUCUGAAAACUGAGGGGGCCGCAAAACGCCCCGGUAGCUGUUCCUGCAAGACAGGCUCACAACACAAGGAAGAACGCCCCAUCCACACCUCACGACACCGGGCAGGCGCGGUGCUGCUGAAUUAUGAAGGCAUAUUGAAGUCCUAAUCAGCCAUGGAGGAAACAGAUAGGGAAGCGGUUGCGACAGCUGUUCAGAGGGUGGCGGGAAUGCUUCAGCGUCCUGAUCAGCUGGAUAAAGUGGAGCAGUAUCGCAGGAGGGAAGCUCGUAAGAAGGCUUCAGUGGAAGCUCGACUCAAGGCGGCAAUCCAGUCACAGCUAGAUGGAGUACGAACAGGUUUAAGUCAACUGCACAAUGCACUGAAUGAUGUCAAGGACAUUCAGCAGUCUCUGAUAGAUGUCAAUAAAGACUGGAGACAGAGCAUCAACACCAUUGAAAACCUCAAAGAUGUGAAGGAUGCUGUAGUGCAACACAGCCAGCUGGCAGCUGCUGUAGAAAAUCUCAAAAACAUCUUUUCAGUUCCGGAGAUAGUGAGGGAGACCCAAGACCUGAUUGAGCGAGGGGAACUUCUGCAAGCUCAUCGAAAACUGAUGGAUUUGGAGUGUUCUCGCGAUAACCUGAUGUAUGAGCAGUAUCGCAUGGACAGCAAAAACACACAUGACAUGAACCUCAUCCAUACGUACUUUGGGGAUAUGCAGAAACUUUCUGAGGAGCUGGCCAAGCAGCUGUGGAUGGUGGUUCAGAGAUCUCUCGUUACAGUCCGUCGAGAUCCGACCUUGCUUGUUUCUGUUGUUAGGAUAAUUGAAAGGGAGGAGAAAAUUGACAGACGCAUGUUAGACCGGAAAAAACAAACUGGGUUCAUACCUCCUGGCAGACCAAAGAAAUGGAAGGAGAAAAUGUUCAACAUUUUGGAAAGAACUGUCAGCAUACGAAUUGAAGGCACUCAAGCAGAUACUAGAGAAUCUGACAAAAUGUGGCUUGUGCGUCAUCUCGAAAUCAUACGUAAAUACGUCCUCGAUGACCUUCUAGUGGCUAAAACCCUGCUGGAUCAGUGCUUUCCCCCACAUUAUGACAUUUUCAAAAGAUUACUAAGCAUGUACCAUCAGGCUUUGUCCACCCGCAUGCAAGAGCUUGCUGCAGAGGAUCUGGAAGCAAACGAGAUUGUUAGCCUUCUAACUUGGGUUUUAAAUACUUACAAAAGUACAGAGAUGAUGGGGAAUUCAGAGCUAUCUCCUGAAGUGGAUGCAAAUUCUCUGAAUCUUCUGCUUUCGCAAAAUGUGGUGGAUCAGCUUCUUAGCAAGUACAUGUCAACGCUUACUUCUAACAUCAUUGGCUGGCUAAGAAAAGCAUUGGAGACAGAUAAAAAAGACUGGGUAAAAGAAACUGAGCCAGAAGCAGAUCAAGAUGGGUACUAUCAGACUACACUCCCAGCUAUUGUUUUUCAGAUGUUUGAGCAGAAUCUUCAGGUAGCUGCUCAGAUAAGUGAGGAUUUGAAAACAAAGGUACUCCUUCUUUGUCUUCAACAGAUGAAUUCGUUUCUAACCAGAUACAAAGAUGAAGCUCAGUUUUACAAAGAAGAACAUCUUAAAAAUCGCCAGUAUCCUCCGUGCUAUGUUCAAUACAUGAUUGCAGUCAUCAACAACUGUCAAACUUUUAAAGAAUCUAUUGUCAGUCUGAAAAGAAAAUACUUGAAAGUUGAAAUGGAGGAGACAUUAUCAAGCAGUCAUGCAAGCAUGGAUGCGAUUUUAGACAUCAUUGCCAAAGAAGGAUGCUCUAGCCUGCUAGAUGAAGUCUUCAUGGAUUUAGAGCCCCAUCUUAAUGAGCUGAUGACAAAGAAGUGGUUGUCGGGGUCUAAUGCUGUGGGAACAAUUUGUGUCACUGUAGAGGAUUAUUUUAAUGACUUUGCAAAAAUAAAAAAGCCUUAUAAAAAGACGAUGACUAUGGAGGCCCAUCGAAGGGUGGUUGUGGAAUACAUCAGGGCAAUCAUGUUGAAACGUAUAUCUUUCAAGAAUGCAGAAGAGAGAAAAGAGGGUGCAGAAAAAAUGAUCAAAGAAGCAGAGCAGUUCAGAUUUCUGUUUAAGAAGCUUGCAUCUGGAUCUGGAGAGGACACUGAAGGACUCUGUGAUAUCAUUGAAGCUAUCGCAGAAGUUAUCAAACUAACCGACCCUUCUCUGCUCUACCUGGAAGUUUCAACUUUAGUCAGUAAAUACCCAGAUAUCAGGGAUGACCACAUCGCAGCUUUGCUGACGGUGAGAGGAGAUGCCAGCAGAGAUAUGAAGCAGACUAUCAUUGAGACUUUGGAUCAAGGGCCAAGCCAGCCCAAUCCAAACUAUGUGCCAAUUUUUAAAGAGAUUACAGUUCCUACUCUAACUGUGCCAAAACUUCUUAAGUAACCGACAGCUCUGUUCAUGUGUCGUUACUGGUCUGAAGUCGACAGGUGUCAAUAGUUUGGCAAUGCUAUUUCAAGUAACGUUCAAUGCACACUAGAUAUGUUUCUUUCUGAAGAUUUGGGUGUGGGAUAUAAUCAGAUUUCUAAGGGUCCUGAUACUGUUUGGAGAACGAAGCUUCAAUUGCCCAGAGGGUUCUUUGCUGGCCCAUUUGUUUCAGCCAUUUUUUUACCGUCAGCAAAUACAUUUCAAGUCAUGAAAUACAUUUGCAAUGCUGUAUAAAGAUACUUACAUUGACAAUAACACAGCUGGGGUAGUGCUGGGUGUGUAUUGCUCUUCUAGAGCCAUCGUCCCAUGGCAGGGCCUUAGGUGUACAUUGACAUCCCCUCUCCACUCUCCCGUUGUAUUUGGUGUAUGUAAUUACUUUGGUGUAAAAUAGUUUAUUGCAGAAACGUUAAUUAUGGAGCCAGGGACUGAACCACACUGCUCCCAUGGGCGGGGACGGUAGAGGUACAAAAUGUCUUCUUUGUGGAUUCCUUAAAAAGAGCACACGAAACACCACUUGUUCAAUAAAACGCUAAAACCACG